AUGUCGAUUUUGCCAAAUACCACAAUCAUAUCCCUCACAUUUCUUCUAACUGGCAUCCCUGGCCUGGAAGCUUUCCAUACUUGGAUCUCUGUUCCCUUUUGCUUCCUCUAUGCCAUUGCCAUCUCUGGGAAUAGCAUGAUCCUAUUCAUCAUCAUCACCAAUCAAACUCAUGAGCCUAUGUACUAUUUGCUUUCCAUGCUCUCAGCCACUGACAUGUGCUUGUCCCUCUCUACUCUGCCCACUACUCUUGGUGUCCUCUGUCUUAAUAUUCAAGAGAUUGGUUGGAAUGCUUGCCUUAGCCAAAUGUUCUUCAUUCAUUUCCUUACUGUCAUGGAGUCCUCGGUGCUCUUGGCCAUGGCCUUUGAUCGCUACAUUGCUAUCUGUAACCCAUUGAGGUAUGCAAACAUCCUCACUCCAACCAGAAUCAUACAGAUUGGACUCAUUAUAGUGGGACGAGGGGCUCUGAUCAUGAUUCCCCUUCUUGUGCUUCUUAAGCGUCUGUCAUUCUGUAAGGAUAAUAUUCUUUCUCACUCCUACUGCUACCAUCCUGAUAUGAUCAAAUGUUCCUGCUCCAAUAUCAGAAUCAACAGCAUCUAUGGACUUUUUGCACUUCUUUCUACAUCUGGUUUGGAUGCUCCUUUGAUUGGCAUCUCCUAUGUGUUGAUCAUUCAUUCUGUGCUUAAAAUUGCAUCUUCAGAGGAGAGGUACAAAACUUUUAGCACUUGUAUUUCCCAUAUUGGUGCCGUGGCUAUCUUCUACAUCCCUCUCAUUGGACUGUCUGCUGUUCAUAGGUGGGGAAAGAAGGCACCCCCAUUUGUUCACACUAUGAUGUCCAAUGCCUUCCUCCUUCUGCCCCCUGUACUAAACCCAGUCAUCUACAGUGUGAAAACCAAGCAGAUUCGUAGGGCCAUCAUCAAGAUCUUAUACUCAAAAUAA